CUGGGUCUUCAUGUAAUGCUUCUGGAUGAGUAUCAAGAUCGACUCUUUGUGGGAGGAAAGAACCUGGUAUAUUCUCUCAGCUUAGACAGAGUCAGUGAAAAUUACAGAGAGAUCCAUUGGCCAAGUACAUCCCUUCAAGUGGAAGAAUGCAUAAUCAAAGGAAGAUAUGCUGAAGAGUGUGCAAAUUACAUCCGUACCCUGCACCGAUACAACAGGACACACCUGCUGGCCUGCGGGACAGGAGCGUUUGAUCCUAUCUGCACUUUUAUCAGAGUUGGCCAUCAGUCAGAGGAUCAUCUGUUUCAUCUAGAAGCACACAGACUUGAGAGGGGACGUGGAAGGUGCCCAUUUGACCCCAAUUCCUCCUUCAUCUCCACUUUAUUUGGUGGAGAAUUGUUUGCUGGGCUCUACAAUGACUACUGGGGGAGAGAUGCUGCAGUUUUCCGCACCAUGGGUCGCACAGGACACAUCCGGACUGAGCCAGAUGAUGACCGUCUCCUGAAAGAACCUAAAUUUGUUAGCUCCUAUGUGAUUCCAGACAACGAAGACCGAGAGGACAACAAGGUGUACUUCUUCUUUACUGAGAAAGCCUUAGAGGCAGAGACAGGAACUCAUGCUAUCUACUCCAGAGUGGGAAGAGUGUGUGCUAAUGAUAUGGGUGGACAACGGAUGCUGGUGAAUAAAUGGACCACUUUUCUCAAAACCAGAUUGAUCUGCUCUGUGCCAGGGAGGAAUGGCAUUGACACACAUUUUGACGAGUUAGAGGAUAUCUUUUUGCUCCAGACUCGUGACAACAAAAACCCAGUGAUAUUUGGACUCUUCAACACUACAAGUAACAUAUUCCGAGGAUAUGCUGUAUGUGUCUAUCAUAUGGCUAGUAUUCGGGCAGCUUUUAAUGGACCAUAUGCUCACAAAGAGGGACCAGAAUACCACUGGUCUGUAUAUGAAGGGAAAGUGCCAUACCCAAGACCUGGAUCAUGUGCCAGCAAAGUGAAUGGAGGUCUGUAUGGGAGCACCAAAGACUACCCAGAUGAAGCAAUUCACUUUGCUAGAAGUCAUCCACUAAUGUAUGAACCAGUUAGGCCUGUUCACAAGAAACCUGUUCUUGUGAAGACAGAUGGGAAAUACAAACUCAAACAAAUAGCAGUAGAUAGAGUGGAAGCAGAAGAUGGGCAAUAUGAUGUCUUAUUUAUUGGGACAGAUAAUGGAAUUGUACUGAAAGUCAUUACAAUUUACAACCAAGACACAGAAUCAAUGGAGGAAGUGAUUCUUGAAGAACUGCAAGUGUUCAAGGUGCCAGUUCCUGUUAUAUCCAUGGAAAUUUCAUCCAAAAGGCAACAAAUUUAUGUUGGAUCGGAGUCUGCCAUUGCACAAGUAAAGUUCCAUCAGUGUGACAUGUACGGAACAGCCUGUGCUGACUGCUGCCUAGCAAGAGAUCCUUACUGCGCUUGGGACGGGAUCUCCUGUUCCAGAUACUACCCAACAGGCACACAGGCAAAGAGACGCUUCCGCAGACAAGAUAUCCGUCAUGGAAAUGCAGCUCAGCAGUGCUUUGGCCAGCAAUUUCUCGGAGAAGCCCUGGAUAAGACUGAAGAGCGUUUGGUAUAUGGAAUAGAAUACAAUAGCACUCUCCUGGAAUGUAUCCCAAGGACCUUGCAGGCUAAAGUGAUCUGGUUUGUACAGAGAGCACAUGAAACCCAGAAGGAAGAGGUGAAGACUGAUGACAGAGUACUCAAAGUGGAUCUUGGCCUCUUAUUCUUAAGGCUGCACAGAAUGGAUGCUGGGACAUAUUUCUGCCAGACAGUGGAACACAGCAUCAUUCACACAGUAAGAAAAAUCACACUUGAAGUUGUGGAAGAAGAACGCGUCAGUGACAUAUUCAACAAAGACUAUGAGGAGGAUGCGUCUCAUAAGAUGCCAUGUCCUGCACAGAGCAGCAUCCUGCAGGGCUCAAGGCCGUGGUACAAGGAAUUCCUGCAGCUAAUAGGCUAUAGCAAUUUUCAGAGAGUGGAGGAGUACUGUGAGAAAGUGUGGUGCACAGACAAGAAGAGGAAAAAGCUGAAGAUGUCUCCAUCGAAGUGGAAGUAUGCCAAUCCACAAGAGAAGAAGGCGCGCAUCAAACCGGAGCACUACCGCGUUCCCAGGCACACUGCUGACUCUUAA